GCCACAGGUUGCCUUUACCGUUCAGAUAUUUGGAGGAGAAAUGCAGAACCUACAAACAUUUAAAAGACGAUAGGCGCGUGUUAUUUCUAUAUAUCGUUUUUAAUUAAAAAAAAAUUCAGAUUCUUGGUAUGUUUCUGUAGUUGUUAGAGUAAAAACAGGUGCCGCCAGCGGUCGCUGUUUUGCGGUAAACGGGAUAUUUCAGCUGUUUUUCCGGUGUCAGCGGGGGUAUGACAACAGAGACAUUUACGGCCCUUUUUCCAUUCAAUCUGUCUACAAAACAUCGACAAAAAAAGCAGGACCCUGUGUUUGGAGUAUUUAUUCUUUAUGUGCCACUGGGAGCAGCAGCAUGGCAGAUGACAAGGACGUGUUGAGAGACGUUUGGUUCGGCCGGAUACCCACCUGCUUCACUUUGAACCAGGAUGAGGUGACUGAAAGAGAGGCCGAACCCUAUUAUCUGCUGCUACCCAGGGUGAGCUACCUGACUCUGGUCACAGACAAGGUGAAAAAACACUUCCUCAAAGUAAUGAGGGCAGAGGACGUGGAGGAGAUGUGGUUCGAGUACGAAGGAACGCCACUCAAAUGGCACUAUCCAAUUGGAGUCCUAUUUGACCUCCAUGCUUCUAACACCGUCUUACCCUGGAGCAUCACUGUGCACUUUAAGAAUUUUCCAGAUCGCGACCUGCUCCAUUGCCCAUCGAGCUCUGUGAUAGAGGCUCAUUUCAUGUCCAGUAUCAAGGAGGCGGACGCCCUGAAGCACAAGAGCCAAGUUGUCAAUGACAUGCAGAAGAAAGACCACAAGCAGCUGUGGAUGGGCCUGCAGAAUGAUAAGUUUGACCAGUUCUGGGCCAUGAACAGGAAGCUGAUGGAGUAUCCCACCGAGGAGGGAGGCUUCAGAUACAUCCCCUUCAGGAUAUACCAGGCGAUGAGCGACAGACCAUUCAUUCAGAAACUGUUUCGACCUGUUUCACCUGAAGGCAACACGCACACGCUCAGCGACCUGCUUAAGGAGACGUACCCAGCUGCUAUAACAAAUGAUGGUGAGCAGAAACGUUACCAGGUGGUGAUCCACGGUAUCGAACCGCUGCUGGAGACGCCUCUGCAGUGGCUCAGCGAACACCUCAGCCAUCCUGACAACUUCCUGCACAUCUGCAUCAUUCCCACCCCCACCGACUGAGGCCACAUCCCUUCCUGCAGCGUACUGUCACUGUGAUAACAUACUGGCCAGCCAGUUGGUCAGUACUUUUUGGUGGAAACCUUUAACUAACAAAACUCUUUAAUGAGGAGAUCAGAAUCUUGGCGAUAAAGAUGAGCAAAGGAUGCAAAAAGGGGGCAUUUACAAACUUUUCCCCUCUUGUCUAUAUAUAUAUAUUUAUAUCCUCUAAAAAUUAUGACUACUAGUCCUCUUUCCCCCCUUAAAUACUUGUUUAAUAAUGGAAAGAACUUCUCUUCUUCCUUUCCUACAAGGAGAAGCGAGGGUUGAAUGUGCAAAGGAUCUCUCCUUUUUGUUCCUUUUUUUUUUUUAAUUAUUUUAUCUUGCAUCUUCUCCUCUUCCCCUUCCACUCCUCUCUGAACAAACAAACAUCUCAAUGGGAGAAGAGGAGGCGAACGGAUCCUUUGUUUCACCAAUCUGGCAUACGUCUUUUUCCUCGUCCUGUCAGUAACUCUUCUGUAGACGGGGAAAUGGAAUUGUUCGCAGUUUGGACAGAGGUGCAUCCAAUCCUGCUGAAGUUGCCUUAUUUACUGCACAUUAUCAUCUUAUUAUCCUUAUUGUCCUUUCAACAGUGUGUGGACAGGUGCACAUGAAGUCACUUUAAGUUGACGUCACAUCUUUUGUCGGUUAAAUAUACUGAUUCUUUUGACAAAGUGGGCUUUAAUAAAAAGAGGACAAACUAUUUUGGAGGUUUGACAGCAGUGACAUACAUGCGUUAUCUGCUCUCACUGAUCUCAGCACACCUUAGAGCUGGUUUGGAUGGACUCUACCAUUACAUUUUGAGUUAUUUGCAAAAGCAGUUUAGCAAUCAUAAUGUCCCAAAGUCUUGUUAUCUGUACUAUUGCUGAAUUAGCAUUAAAGUGUAGCUUUGACUUGAAAAGAGUGUAAUUACAUUUUUGUUUCUUUGUUUGCAGAGAAAAAAAAAACUGCCUUUGCACAACUUAAGCUCUUAAUUUUUAGGUUUGCUGCCCAGUGGAUGGUGGGAGUGUGCAGCUGUCGAAACCAAAUGUGCAUAAACUUAAUAAUGGCAUGGUGUUAAAGCUGCAAAGGUGUUUUCACUGGUCUGUUUUAACCUUGUUUUUACUACUACUACAAAGACAGAUCGAGAUAUAGAAUUUUCACAGAGUUAAUAGUUAAAAAUCAUGUAGCUACUAAUGAGGAUAAAGUAUUUUGUGCGGGAGUCAUGAGGGGAAAAAAAUGUGUUUUCAAUAGCAGGUGUUGAUUUCUUUCCAUCAGUACGACUCUCUUUAGCUGUUUUUACUGUCUCUGUCUGCCAGAGCGUCUUUUUCUUCACUGCCAAACUUAAAUGAGCAUCUGGUUUUGUUUCAUUUAAAGAACUCAGCUGAGAUAAUGAGACGGCAGGCAUAAUUAGCAUUAAGCCUGCAGUCUGUUGGGGGCCAUGGUCAUUUUACAUGUUCUACGUAUGCUUUAAAUAAUUUAGUGUUUCGACACAAAGAACUGGCAAAAGCAGGCACCACUUUUACAGCAUAAUGGCAGUAGUUGAGGAAUGCAAUGAGUUUGUUUAAUGUUUCCACGUUUUUCUCUUGUAUCGGCAUCCUUUGAUUCUUUUUGUUUGUUUGUUUUUUAAAAUAUCAUUUUUACAUCACACUGAAAUAA